GUUUUAGGCGGGAAAUGAACAAUCCGUCUGCAGAGGUAAAAAUAAAAGGAAAAAAAAUGGAUAGGAGUCUCCAACAAGUCAAUACAAUUCUAAACUUAGCUAAAUUAACCGAGUCUGACAUAAAAAAAGAUAGUCAUGUGUUGCAGUUUAUUCCUCAAAUUUUAGAUUCAAAGCAAGUAAAGCUAUUAGAAGUCAGUAAGGACACUUUGGAAUACAUCAACAGUGGGGAAUGCCUUUUUAUAAAAGGUAAUGAAGAUGCCCAUGUUAUCAUAUGCAGCAAUUCAAAUUCAUUUGAAUUAAAAGAAGCAGAAACAUCAAAUAGUAUGCUUCUGAUGCCAUCUCUUUUGCAAGGAACACUUAUAGAAGACACAGGAUCAAGAACUCUGAAGAAACAAGAGGUGUUUGGUGUCUACCACACUUAUUAUGAGAUGAGGCUCACCAGGCCAAAGCUGCAAUCACUUAGGAAUGCAUUAGCCAAAUACCCCUACAGAGGGAAAAAUUCUGAAGUUAUUAAAGAAGCUGUGGGUCAAUCAUUUACUGAACUUAAAGUAAUGAUUCAGGCAAGUGAAGAGGAAAUAAUAAACCAGCUUCAAGAGAUGCCAGCAGCAAAAGUGAGAGGCAAAUGGCGAUUACUUGAUGUUGGUUUUUUGUUUGGCUGGGUUUCGUACCUAGAUUCCAUCUUAAGAGAGAAAAAAUUAAGCCUUGAGGAGGUUACACUAGCUAACAUUGAGAACUGGAUGGGGUUGUACGAUACUGAAGAUAUAAAUGCAAAAUGUAUUUCACUUUUCAUGGAGGUGGAUGGAAACAGUUUGAGAUGGAAACCAGAGGCUGUCUCUCAAUUAUUUGCCCUGUAUCUCUUGCCAGAGCUAAGAGCAUUUGACAGCAAGGACUUUUUCACUGCUUGGCAACAAUCAAUGCCUGUAGGGGUGAUGACCAACGAAGAACACUUAAACGGCGUAGCUCUUGUCGACUAUGACUCAAAUCCGUCAUUAGUUAAAUAUUUGCCUGAAUUCGAGUUACCAGAGGAGAUUAACGAAAGGUUGGACAUUUUGUUUCGUAACAGAGCGAAAUGGACAUUACAGUCCAUCACACCUUAUGUUCAGCCACUGACUGACAACAAUUUGAAUGUUGCAGCUUUGCUAACCAAGUAUGCGAGAUCCUCAACCAUAAAUGGAGUGAAGUACUACAGUUCGAAAUACUAAGAUAAACAGAAACAACGAUGGACUAAGAGAGAAGAUACCCCAUUUUUCUUUAUUGUUUCCAUUAUACAUUGUAACUUAUCAGAACAUAUCUAUCACUAAUACAUCCACGAUUGUUCCAUUA